CUGCAGACUCUGUAAGGGGCAGGCGCAGUGUGCUGGAGGCUUGGAGCGGUUCUUCCCAGUGAGCGUCUCUCCUCACUCUCUCUCUCUCUCUUUCACUUUCCCCACAGUCGUCAAGUCAGACAGCAGAGGAGGCAGGGACGGCAGAGAGACCCGGGGAGGUCUGACGACACCAUCAUCAGCUCACCUUUUCUGAUAACUCCAAGCCCACUGAAACCUCCUGACAUCUGGACGUGAUUAACGCCGGAGCAACAUCAAGGUUUUAUGAGCAGAUAAUGUCAGCAGAAACCUUCCUUGGCAGGACAAGUUCUUAAGAGGAUUUUCUGCUCGGACGUAGCAUGUGUUGCUGCGGUACAAGACUCUGCAGUGGCUUUUAGGGCUGAAGGGUCAGUAUGAAGAUGGAUGACACAUGUUCAAGGCCAGCGGUGAUCUUCACCGUCUUCUCUUCUAGUUCUUAAGACCAGAUCCAGCCAACGAAACCAGACAAAAAAAAAAAAAAAAAAAACAGUUUCUGCAACCUUGGAUUUAAAGAUGCUUUGGUACAACUUUGGCCAGCACUUGUUGUCACUGGCGGCUCUUCUGGUAAUCGUGAGCUGUGGAGGAGCAGAGCCAAGGAGAGGGCCGGAGAGCAGCACAGGUGGCAGCAGUAGCAGUAAUUACAGCAGCAGACGUUUCCACAGGAUCCAGCACGGCCAGUGCACCUACACCUUCAUCCUGCCAGAGGAAGAAGGAGCCGGAGGAGCCCCCUGCAGGGAGUCGAAAGCCAGUAGCCCGCAGAGAAACGGCAACUCCUUCCAGAGGGACUCUCCGCUACCUGAGCAAGAAUUUCCUAGCCAGAAGAUCCAGCAGCUUGAGAACAUAAUGGAGAAUAAUACACAGUGGCUGCAGAAGAUUGAAAACUACAUUAAAGAAAGCCUGAAGAUGGAGAUGGCUCAGCUGCAGCAGAGUGCCGUCCAUAACCAC